AUGGAUGUCCCACCCUCACCCACCAUUUAUAUCAAGAAUCUCAACGACAGGAUCCAGAAAGAAGAGUUGCGCCGCACGCUCUACGGCCUCUUCUCCCAGUUUGGUGGCAUUCUCGAUGUCGUGGCUCUCAAGACCAACAAGAUGCGCGGCCAAGCCUUCAUCGUCUUCAAGGAUGUGGGCUGUGCAAGCAACGCUCUUCGUUCCAUGCAAAAGUUUCCCCUGUUUGAUAAGCCCAUGUCAAUCCAGUACGCCAAGGCAAAGUCAUACGCCACCAUGAAGGAGGACGGUACCUUGCAAAAGCACCUGGCACAACAGCGCAAGGCCAAGCAGUCGAGCGCAGACACCAACGGCGAGCCGCCCGCCAAGAUGAUCAAGAUGACGCCUGUUGCAACUGCAUCCGAGGGAACCAACAACACGAUUGUGUACUGUUCCAACUUGCCGCAAGAAACGACCAAAGAAAUGCUCUUGGCUCUCUUUGGCGAGCUCAAGGGUCUGGUCGAGGUGCGCUUGGUUGAGGGCCGACCAGACAUUGCCUUUGUCGAGUUUUCCACAGAGCAAGAGGCCGGCAUUGCCAUUAGUGCGUUGGAUGGCUUCCAGGUCGAUGCUGAGCACAAGAUGUCCGUAGCUUUUGCCAAAAAGUAA